UGUCAAUUGUCAUCCACUUGACAUACACUGGAAUUGUUUUAUCGCAGGUUUUGUCGAAAAGUAUAAAAAUAAAGGACCUACUUCAAUGUACUUCAAUAUUUAGUGUUAUGACAGUGUAGUAUUCUAUAUUUUAGUGAUCAGUUUAUAUAUUGAGAGCCUCCGUAAAGCAGCAAACAAGCAGGUAGUGAAAUACAGGCUGCGGGUUCGACAUCCACAUUGAAAAAAAUUACGUUAGAUUUCAUUUCCUAGCGUAGUUUAACCAAAUAUCACACAUUUCCUUACUCCUACAAUGAAUAUUGAAUUUAUUAUAGCCCUGAAUUGUAAGUGUAAUUAGCAGGUGGUUUUUAAUGAUAAUAAUUAUUCUCUUGUUGUAAACAGACAACAGCUGAUUUACAAGGCAGAACGUCAUAAUUCGGCUUAUACUGGUAUACAUUUUUUGAGUAAGGCUAAAAAAGGAGUCAAAGUAUUAUCUUUACCAAGACCUAUUAACAAAAUUAUAUAAAUCAUCUAUUAAAACCGGCGACAAAAUGUCACUUCGAAUGCAUGUUGAGAGGAAGAAAGCGCAAGAAGAAAUGCGGCGUUUGAUGGCGGAACGAAAAAAGAAAGAUAUAAAACCAAUGAAAAUAGAUAAUCCUCUUGCAAAAUAUAAUAAUGCUGGACAACUUAUGUGCAUGCUUUGCUCUUCUAUUGUGCGUUCAGAAAAUGUUUGGCAAGUACAUUUAAACAGCAAACAACACAGGGAAAAUAUUGAAAAUGCAAAGAAGUUAAAGCAGUUAACAAACAAUUUCACAGUUGGAAAAUUAAAACACAAAAAUCCAAGCCCCCCAAGAGAAGCUCCACCAGAAAAAAAGAUAAAAGGAAUCUUGAAAAAUACAACACCUGCAGUCAUUGUACACAAACCAAAAAAUACAGCACCACAAAUUGUUUCUCACCAUGAUGAAGAAAUUAAAAGAGCACCACUUAAUACUGCAGAAAAAAUAACAGCUGAAGAUGGAGAACAAUCAUCAGAUUCUUCAAAAGAAUCUAAGGAGCAACCUGUCAGUGAUGUACCUAUUCCUGAAGGAUUUUUCGAUGAUCCUAUUCUGGAUGCGAAGGUAAGGAAUAUUGAAUACAAAGACCCUAAGGAAGAAGAAUGGGAGAAAUUCCAAAAGCAAAUGAAAGAAGAAACUAGCGCUUCCGCUGAAAUUAUUGCUGGAGAACAAGAGGAAGCCACGGCCGAGCGACAAAUUGACGAAAUUGACGAGCAAAUAAGAAAUUGGUCAAGGGUUUUAGACUUGGAGCUUAAAAAAGAAGAAACCAAGAAAAAAAUUAACGAAAUGGAACAAAUGAGUUUAGAUGAAGAUGGUGAAACUGAUAAUGAAAAUGAUAUCGAUGAGUUUCUGGACUGGCGGGCAAAGAAAUCUUACUCAUAACGAAAGUUUGUAAUAUAUUGCGUAAAUAUUAUAGUAUGUAUCUAUUAUAAACAUUAUAAGAAAAUCAAUAUACUGUUGAAAAUAACA